AUCUUAGCAUUAAUAACACAGAGACUCGCAGGCUACCUGCUCACAUUCACUUCCCCAAGGAACAAAGAGUUGCAGGUAACACUAAGGUCACUAUGAGUUCACUCAGUGAAGCAAACACCAAGUUCACUCUUGAUCUCUUUCAAGAAUUAAGAAAAUCAAAAGACAAUGUCUUCUACUCCCCUAUCAGCAUCACAGCAGCAUUAGCAAUGGUCUACUUAGGGGCCAAAGGGAAAACUGCACAGGAAAUGGAGAAGGUCCUGCAUUUCAAUGAAGUCACAAAGGAGUCAAAAGGAAAAACUCAAACCAGUCACGGUGAAAAUCCAGGAAGUGUGCAUCUCCAAUUUCAAAAGCUUCUGACUGAGUGGAAAAAACCCACUGAUGCAUAUGAACUGAAGAGUGCUAACAAGAUCUACAAAGAAAAGAAUUUCCAGUUUCUUCCGGAAUAUUUGAAUGACCUUAAGAACUUUUACCUGACUGAUGCAGAAUCUGUUGAUUUUGAAAAUGAAACAGAAGAAAGUCGGAAGAAAAUGAACACCUGGGUGGAAAAACAAACACAUGACAAGAUCAAGGACUUCUUUCCUGUUAAUAGUCUUGACAAUGGCACCAAACUGGUUCUGGUGAAUGCAGUUUAUUUCAAAGGGCAAUGGGAGAACAAAUUUAAUAAAAACUAUACUGUAGAAGGAAAAUUCUGGCUGAACAAGGAUACUAGCAAAUGUGUGCAGAUGAUGAAACAAAGCAUCUAUCUCAAUUUUGCCUCCCUGGAAGAUGUGCAGGCCAAGAUGGUGGAAAUACCUUACAAAGACAAGGCUCUGAGCAUGGUUGUGCUGCUGCCAAAUGAAGUCGAUGGUCUGCAGCAGCUUGAAGAUGGACUUACUGGUGAGAAAUUAAUGGAGUGGGCAAGCCUACAAAAUAUGAACACAAAACAGGUGAAUUUACGUCUACCGAGGUUCAAGGUGGAACAGAGUUUCAGUCUCAAUGACAUAUUGCAAAACAUGGGAAUGGUAAAAGCCUUCAGUCCAGGUGAUGCUGACUUUUCAGGCAUGACUGGAGACGCGGGUUUAGUGGUAUCUAAGGCCCAGCACAAGUCCUUUGUGGAGGUUAAUGAAACAGGGACAGAAGCCGCAGCUGCUACUGAAGUUACAAUGUCUCUAACUUCAUCACGAGUAUCUGAAGACUUCCAUUGUGAUCACCCUUUCCUGUUUUUCAUCAAACAAAAUGAAAACAGUAGCAUCCUCUUCUUUGGCAGAGUCUCUUCCCCUUAAAUAUCAUUAUUCUGUCACCCUUUGGGGGAAAAGUUUGCAG